ACUGAUGUCCAUGUCAUUUCAGCUUUUUGUCAUCGCUCAUUGAUGACAUUUUAGACUUCAAUCAAUCAAUUUCAUUGAAGUUCUUGGAAGAAAGUUCAGCGACUUGAAUUAUUUUAACCUUCGUUAUCAAAAAUAUUUCUUGAAAAUGAAAAUUGUGAUCUUUGGCUCCACUGGCAUGACUGGCCUUUGCGCCGUCGAGGCCGCCAUCAAAAAAGGCAUCUCAGUCCGUGCAUUCGUCCGCGAUGCGUCGAAGAUGCCCGAAGCCUUAAAGGACAAGGUGGAGCUGUUCCCCGGGAACGUUCUAGAACCCGACAGCGUGGCUGAUGCCGUCGAUGGCACGGACGGUGUGGUCAUCGCUUUAGGAACCCGCAACUGUCUCGACGCCACCUCCGACAUGUCUGAAGGAACGAAGAACAUCAUUGAUGCGAUGAGAGCGAAGAAUGUGAAGCCGGUUUCUGCUUGUCUGUCUGCGUUCUUGUUCUAUGAGCCCGCGAAGGUGCCACCGAGGUUCGUGGACCUCAAUGAGGACCACAAAAGGAUGUAUGAAGUGUUGAAGGACAGUCCUCUGAAUUGGAUCGCUGUGUUCCCCCCUCAUAUUUCUGACGAGCCCAGCCGCGAGGUGACAGUAUUACCAAACGCGACGAGUUCCCCUGGCCGCGCAAUCUCCAAGUGGGAUCUUGGCACCUUCCUCGUAGAGUCUCUAUCUGAGCCCAAGUACUACAAAUCCGUCAUCGGCAUCGCUAAUAAGUAGAAUCACAAUAAUUUUGCUAUAGAUUUUCUAUCUCCCGAAAGCGAAACCAUACUUGAGUGUGUAAAUAUACGUACACAUUGACUUUGUAUGUCUCGGCGUCCUAACGGACUAUAAGAGUGAAGGAAUAGUGAGUGCGCCUGUGUCUGCGCAAAUGCUUGUGCACUAUAAUAUGUCCUGCGCAGUUGACUGAUCUCCUUAUAUAAGAACAGCCGCCGUAGCCGAUAAUCGGCUAGGAGGAGGACAUCAUCAUCAUCACGUCUCGGCGACUCAAUCAGUAUCUACUGAGUGCUCCCGAGCUUACACAUACAAACCCAAUGUGCUUGUUAAUUCACACACACCAGUAUAUCUAAGGCGCUUUCGGGAAAUAAAAUAUCUAUACCGAAAACUAGGAAACAGUAAUUCUACAUUACGUCCGAGAUAUCUUUGCGAGUCUGAAGUUAGCCGUUUAAUGCGCAGUAGACAAUUUUAUUCGUAUAAAUGCUACUGCGCAGAUCAUCAGCUAACUUCAGAUUUACUGACAUACGUCGGACGUACUGUAAGUGCCAUUUACAAAGUGAAUUUAUGUUACAAAUUGUUACAGUUUUUAAAGCUAUUUUUUAGCAUUUUUUGUGAACAGUGAAUAUUCCUAAUUAUUAUUAAAAUGGAUGGUCGACAAAUUCAUUGGAAGUUUUGCAAAAGCGGUGUCGAUUCAACAGUGGUUCAUGUAACAUUUUCAUGUGGUACAUUUUUUUAAGCCAAGUCUACAGAAAGACCCUAAAACAUGGCUAUGAUCAUAAUUCUUAUACCUGUUAUAAAAAUAAAAUACCAGGUAUCGAAUUGACGUGGGUAUUUUGUAAACUAGCAACUUCCCAUGGAUAUGUCUGCCAUUGAUCAGUUGCACAAAACUACAGUUUACUGGGCCCAAGGACGUUGAUAUCAAUUACGUAAAUGUAUGUUAAUAAGAACAGAUGAAGCGCAUUUUUAUUAUGUAAGUUAUAAAUGAAGCUAUUUUAUGAAAUAAAUAUAAUUCCGUUACGUUAA